UUACAUCCCAAAAAAGAGUGUGAUCUAAUGGCCUCUCUCAGGGCAAGCGUUGCGGAAGCUAGAAUUUCUAAUCAGGCCUACAACCAUCAGAUGCGAGCGGAUACUUCCUUUCGCAGGACGCAAGGCCUGGUGAUGCCCGCUAUACACUCACAGCCAUGGCAAUGCAUCUUCUGUGCAUCUGGGCUACAUCAUCUAUCUCGAGCUCGGCAAAGUCGCCUCCCACAGCAUAUCGUCGAACAAUAUGGUUCAUUUUCCACGGCCUCCCGCGUACAGAGAACAGCUUCCGUGGUUCGCAAGAUGUAUGGUAGAAGUGCAGAUUGGACGGCAUCAAACCGGCCCUUAUUUAGGAGGGUGAAGGCAAAUAGUAAAGAGGUCAAGGGUUACGAGCAGGUUGCGUACAAGAUGCUCCGGAAGAAUCGAUUCAAACGUAUCGUCCUGGAUCGUCUCGAUGCCAUCGAAUCAAAGCUGAAGGAGUCGCCUAUAUUCCAGCUACCUGGGUUGAACAGCGACCAAGUUGACAAGGCCCUGGCCCAGUUCCGUUGGUAUGUCAGGGAGAGCAUUGGCAAUGACACUCGCGGUAGCAAAUUCAGUUCCGUCCACGAUCUUCAAAGCAAGCUUUUUGGGGCCAUGAAAGAUAACGGACAGAGCGGUUUAGAUAGCGAAUUGCAGUAUGCGCUAUACAACCACUUCUUAGGAAGGAAUUUUUCCGCCGAGGACAUCGAGAAUCAAAAGGCGUUGGCAGAUCUCCGUUACCCGACCGAAUGGUUUCCUUUGCCACGCGCCAUGCACAGGACGAUUCAUGCUCACAUCGGACCUACCAACUCGGGCAAGACGCAUCACGCGCUGAAGAGGUUGGAACAAGCCAGUGCUGGUCUGUACGCGGGUCCUUUGAGAUUGCUGGCACACGAGGUAUACUCGAGGCUUAACGCAAAGGGCAAACCUUGCGCACUCGUUACAGGAGAGGAACAGAGACUACCUGAUGGAUGGAAUAGUGCUACAGCCAAGGUCAUAUCUGCGACUGUCGAGAUGACAAACUUGAACUCGCAGUACGAUGUCGCCGUAAUAGACGAAAUACAGAUGCUAGGAAGUCUGGAGCGAGGUUUUGCUUGGACACAGGCAUUGCUUGGGCUACAAGCCAAGGAAAUUCACGUCUGCGGCGAGGUUAGAGCCCUGCCAAUCAUCCGCGAACUCGCUGCAGCGGCAGGAGACACGCUUGUCGUGCACGAAUACGACAGGUUGACAAGCUUGAAGAUGGACCAGAGGAGCCUGAACGGAUCCUUCAAAGAUCUGCGAAAAGGAGACUGCAUAGUUACAUUCUCGGUGGUCAACAUUCAUGCUUUAAGGACCGAAGUGGAAAAAAAGACGGGCAAAAAGGCAGCUGUGGUUUAUGGGAGUCUUCCACCAGAGACAAGAGCGCAGCAGGCCAGACUGUUUAAUGAUCCUAAUAAUGAUUAUGACUAUCUUAUUGCCAGUGAUGCCGUGGGCAUGGGCUUAAACUUGAGCAUCAAACGCAUCAUUUUCGAGACAGUGCACAAAUAUCAAAACGGAAAGUAUACGACGUUGACCGUUUCUGAAAUCAGACAAAUCGCUGGUAGAGCAGGAAGAUAUCGUACAUCCCAACAAUCUCUCAAAUCAGCCGAAAACGAGAAUAAUGCAGAUGAAGUAAGAGAAUCUGGUAGAUAUGACGUCUUCAAGACUGAUUUGCAUCUCAAUGCUGGAGAGUCUUCCCUGGAUGAUAACAGUGUAGGAGGGAAUUUGGAUACCAUAACCCCGUUGAAUGCGCAGCUCUCUUCACGAGCAGAAUUCGACCCACACACUGUCGGUCUCGUAACGACGAUCGACCAUGCAGAUUUUGGUGUCGUCAGAUCUGCCCUUGAGACAGAGCCUCCUGAGCUUAGUUUUGCUACACUUCAGCCCCCUCCAGGAAUUGUGCAACGAUUCGCAUCAUAUUUUCCCCCGGGCACGCCUCUGAGCUAUAUCUUGCUCAGGCUCGGAGAGUUGAGCGCUACCUCGCACAGGUACAGGAUUUUCCACAAACCCGACAUGAUUAUGAUGGCGGACCUGAUUCAUGGCAUCGAGGGUUUGAGUAUGGAAGAUAGGAUGAUCUUCAUUAAUGCACCUGCAGCAAUACGCGAGCCUACCUCUUCACAAGCUAAAUUACUUAAAGAGCUUGCCCAAUGCAUUGGGAGUCAACGCGGCGGUGAACUCCUCGCGCUGAAACACAUGAACCUUGACGUCCUUGAUGAGUCCACCGAGGGCAGCAAAACUCGUCUUAAAAAUCUGGAGGAGUUGCAUAAAGGUUUAGUUUUGUAUCUUUGGCUGAGUUUUCGAUUCCCUGGUGUCUUCACGCAACGCCCACUCGCCAAUUAUGCCAAAGAACUCGUGGAGAAUGAAAUUGAGGAGACCCUCAGGUUGAUGACCUUUAGUCCUAAUGCAAUACAUAGAGAGCGGAUAAGGAAGAAGAGUAGGGUUGAAGAUGAGAUCAUGAGGGCCAUAAGAGAGGAACAAGCGCUGGGGGGCCAGAUACAAGUUGCAGAACCAGGGUUCCGUUCUUCAGGCGCUGAAGACAUGAUGGAACCGGAAAUGGACAAUCAUCAAAUAGUUGCGAAAGAAGGCGAGAAAAUGCCUGAGAACGAGGAUUGCGAAUACCCGAAUCAGGAAAUAUCCGCAGUCGAGAGUGAGGCCUUCGAAUCGAAAAGGCAACGGCGGGCGGCAACAUUAGUGUUAGGAACCCUUUCCUAAUCCGACAAGACCUUACUAGCGUAAGCCACUUUAGAAGGGAUGAGCUUCCAAGAGCGAGGGAGGAAGGGACUUCUAUAGUAUAUUAGAAAAAAAUAAAUACACUAUUAGGAACCCUUUCCUAGUGUCCAUUAUAAGCGAGUGGCCUGUAUAAGCGAGUUGCCUAUUUAUCCUACCAUAGCGCGUCAAUUAUCUUUCAAUAAUUAUAUAGUAAUCAAAACUAUAGCAAUUAAUGUGAUUCACAAG